UAAAGUUUCUGAGCUCGAAAUUGAGAAAAGGGAGACAUGAAGAGUAGCUGAAACUUGAAAGAAGUUGAAGUUGCUGAUUUGGAGUUCUUGGUUGUUAGGUAACUGAAGUUUGAUAAUUAGACGAGAAAGAGAAAAAAAAUGGAUAGGUACGAGCUUGUGAGAGAUAUUGGGUCUGGAAAUUUCGGUGUGGCAAGGCUCAUGAGGAACAAGGAAACCAAAGAGCUUGUCGCAAUGAAAUACAUCGAGCGUGGACAUAAGAUCGACGAAAAUGUAGCGAGAGAGAUCAUAAACCACAGAUCGCUUCGACAUCCGAACAUCAUUCGAUUUAAGGAGGUUGUCUUGACUCCGACCCAUCUCGCUAUCGUCAUGGAAUACGCCGCUGGUGGAGAGCUCUUCGAACGAAUCUGCAAUGCUGGAAGAUUUAGUGAAGACGAGGCGAGAUAUUUCUUUCAGCAGCUUAUCUCAGGCGUCAAUUACUGUCAUUCAAUGCAAAUCUGCCAUCGAGACUUGAAGCUCGAGAACACUCUGUUGGAUGGGAGCCCUGCCCCUCGCCUGAAAAUCUGUGAUUUCGGUUACUCCAAGUCGUCUCUGCUACAUUCAAGACCCAAAUCAACGGUCGGAACGCCAGCAUAUAUUGCACCUGAGGUGCUUUCACGGCGAGAGUACGACGGCAAGUUGGCGGACGUUUGGUCGUGUGGAGUUACUCUCUAUGUUAUGUUGGUUGGGGCUUAUCCUUUUGAAGACAAAGAAGACCCCAAAAACUUCAGGAAAACCAUUGGAAGAAUAGUGGCUGCUCAAUACAAAAUCCCAGACUAUGUUCACGUAUCUCAAGAUUGCAGGCACCUUCUUUCUCGCAUAUUUGUUGCAAACCCGGCCAAGAGGAUAACCAUUAAGGAGAUCAAAAGCCAUCCAUGGUUCUUAAAGAACUUACCAAGGGAGCUGACAGAGACUGCUCAGGCAAUCUAUUAUCAGAGAGACAACCCAAGCUAUUCCCUCCAAACUGUAGAGGAAAUAAUGAAAAUUGUGGGAGAAGCAAGAUCACCACCUCCAGUCUCUAGGUCUGUUGGGGGCUUUGGCUGGGGUGGUGAGGAAGAUGAGGAUGGCAAGGUAGAAGAAGGAGAUGUGGAAGAGGACGGAGAAGAUGAGUAUGACAAAAGAGUUAAGGAGGUACAUGCUAGCGGAGAAUUUCCUAUCAGUUAAGGCCUAUUCUCUUUUCUUCAUUAUUAGGGAAAUUGUAAUUUAAUUUUGGAACUCCAUAGACUAGGAUGUUUCGAUAUCUGUGUAUAAAAGUUAUGUACUGCAGCUUCAAACGUCAGGAUUCAGAGGAUUGUAAACUUCUAUUGUUGUCCCAUAAGAGCUCUACAUAUUUAAGAA